GGCAUGUUACAGCCACGGGCUUUAAAAGGACGCGCUGCGAGACACGGACACGGAGACGUUCUGGGCCGCUGGUGCAGCUGUAUAUCAAACGGGUAGUGUUAAAACGUAAAUGAUACAUGCAAAAAUAUAUAGAUAAACGUAGAUAUAUUAAUUACAAUUGCUUUUAGGCCGACAAGAUUUGACGCCCUUUAUCAUUUUGGCACGAAUAUUCUUUCAUCUUUGGAGGUGCUUGCAGCUGCUGUGGACGAACCGCCUGUAGACAUCAUGCUCCUGCUGACGCCAUCCUCCGGUUUCUUCCAGCGCGUCAAUAAGCUCUUUCUUAGCGAGCGAGCCAGAGGACUGCCCAUCAAGGACUUUCUACGGCAAAAUGCAGCCAACGCCAUCUCAUUGGGUAACAUGCUGAUGGGCAUGGCUUCUAUCCUGUGCAGCCUGAAUGGACAACACUAUUUAGCAUGCUGGCUGGUUUUGAUUGGCUACCUGCUGGAUUUGGCAGAUGGAGCAGUUGCCAGGCGACUGGAUGCAUGCUCGCCCCUGGGUGCGAAAUUGGACGAUUUUGCUGACUACACCACCUUUGGCAUCGCCACGUCUCUGCUGCUGAGGACGCCCCACCUGAUCGACAACAUCCUGUGCAUGUGCUACGGGCUGUCCGUGUUCAUCCGCGUUUGCUUUUAUACAAGCGGGAUCCCGUUUGUGUACCGGGGCCUGCCAUGCCUCUACUCCUCUGCCAUCCUGGCCAGCGCCUCUCUUCUGUCGGGGGGUAACACAGUGUUGUUGAGGACCACCGCAGUGGCCCUUAUCCUCUUUAUGGUCAGCCGCAGCUUUUACCCUCACGACAGGGUGCUGGAGUCUCAGAACUGGAAGAAGGCCAUCUAUGCAGGAGGCAUCAUCAUGGUGUUCUCUUCCAUCAAGUCCUUGUGUUGUGUCUACUACCUGCUGUGGUGUGUCUCCUACAUGCUAUUCCCUGGAUCCCUCUGGAGCAGCAAAGUGUAGAAGAGAACCCACUCCAGUGGCCUCUGUCUCUCUCUCUUUCUCCCUACACCUACCGGGCUGGCUGGUAGUCGGAGGCCAUCCAGGGCCCGUGGAGCACACCAAAGCCCAUGGAAAACUUCUUGAGGUCACUGAGGGUCCAACCUUGACUUGCUUACACACUAGCAAAGAGAGUCCUCUUGCAAAGUAAAUUCGUAAUUUACUUCUAAUUAUGUUAUUAAGGGUAUAUCUGGGUGUGCAUUAAGCAUCAGAAAAUGAUGCUCCAUGAAAACCAUUGCGAUCUCAAAUUUCCUUCCGCUCCGAGUAUAUUUUCCCUCCUGGCUACGUAGCCAAGCGUGUGACCAAAUGCCGUGCCCUCACAUUACGUUGACGGUGAGGCUGUGUGAAGCUACAACGUUUCAGACUUGGUACAAACUACAUCAAACAACAAAUGGGGGGGGGGGGGGGGGGGGGGGG